AUGUCCUCCCGUCUGCUGCGUCCGGACGAGUACGAACUCGCCUCCCGCUCGUCCCUCGACUCGGACGGGACCUUGGAUCUCAAUGAACUCGACUUCGAGUCUCAACGUCCGGCAAAUUGGCAGUUCUCCAUCCGCCGGUCACCCUUACUGUCCAAAUUGCUGCCGUCCUACUACACCGGUUACCGUACAUUGAAGCCACGGCGCAGGUCCAAAUGCUCCCGGCGUCUCUACCUCUACUCCCUUGUUUUCACAGGGACGAUCCUCUUCCUUCUUGUCAUAACCGCAAUAUUUCGUCCUUCCUACACCUACCUGCCGCCGCAUUACGCCUUACUUCGAAAAAGAGCCCUAGAAUCACAUGCUCCCGGCAGGGGCAAUCCCCGAAACGAGUCGAUCUUUAUCGCUGCGAGCCUAUAUGACCGUGGAGGAGAGCUGGCUGGGGGACAAUGGGGACGUGCGGUUUUGGAACUGAUUAAUCUGCUGGGGAAGGAUAACGUGUUCCUGAGUAUCUACGAGAACGACAGUGGUCCGGAGGGGAGGAGUGCCCUGCGCAACCUGGAGGCCCAAGUGACCCGCGAUAAGUCUCUUCUGGUGUUCGAGGAACAUCUGGAUCUGAAGACCCUCCCCACCGUGACCGUGCCAGGAGGGUCGAAACGCAUCAAACGCAUUGAAUAUCUGGCCGAGGUCCGGAAUCGCGCUUUGAGACCACUAGAUGACCAUCCCGAAAGACGCUACGACAAGCUCCUUUUCUUGAAUGACGUAGUGUUCGACCCUAUCGACGCCAUCCAGCUUCUUUUUUCCACAAAUGCCGCUGAGAAAGGAGCUGCGAACUACCGGGCCGCUUGCGCCGUGGACUUCUCCAAUCCCUUCAAAUUCUAUGACACAUUCGCGACGCGUGACUUGCAGGGCUACAGCAUGGGAGUCCCGUUCUUUCCCUGGUUCUCAUCAGCCGGAAGAGGUGAAAGCCGGAACGACGUCCUUGCAGAGAAGGAUGCCGUUCGUGUCCGCAGCUGCUGGGGGGGGAUGGUGGCCUUCGACGCCAGAUUCUUCCAACACGGCGAAUCCAACAGCUUCCCGUAUGCUGGCUCUGCCGGGCAUACGUUGCCAGUCCGUUUCCGUGCCGGACAGGAUUUGUUUUGGGAAGGAUCCGAAUGCUGUAUCGUCCAUGCCGACAUUCAAGAUGCCCCGUCCGAUGUAGAUGCAAUCAUAGACACUGGAAUAUACAUGAAUCCGUUCGUUCGAGUUGCCUAUGACGGCAGCACGCUGUCGUGGCUUCGGUUCACUCGUCGGUUCGAGAGAUUAUAUCCCUUUAUUCAUAGUAUCGUGAACCAUAUCGCGGGCAUGCCCCACGCCAACAUUCGCCGAACAGAAGUUCCUGGGCAAACGGUGAACGAAACAGUCUGGGUCUCCGAUGGAACUGCGGAAGGAGGCGGUUCAUUCCGGUCAAUCAUCAGGACCGCCGGCAAUGACGGGUUCUGCGGUCGUCGAGAACUUUCAGUUAUCGUCGAGUACCGAGAAAAAGGACAGAAGGGGUGGGAGGUCAUCCGUCCCCCCGAUUCUGGCAAUUAUACAUCCUUUGGCUAG